AUGAUCGCUCGGACUGGCUGUACGGCCUUCCAUUACGCUGUACAGGAGUGCAUGGCGGAGCACCAGGACUGGAGGAAGUGUCAGGUGCCGGUCCAGAACUUUAAAAACUGCAUGCAGGACUAUCAGAAAAAAAGGGCUGAGGAGCUGCUAAAGAAAAGGAGUCAGCUGUAA